AUGAGUGAUGACUCGCACGUAGAAACAAAAGUUGUCUUGGACCCAAAAACCGGGGAAGAACGAACGCUUUCCUAUGAGCUAUUUCAAGUCAUAGGCUCGGGGAGUUUUGGCAUUGUUAUGAAGGCAAAGAUAGUAGGGAGCCAACAAUACAUCGCUGUUAAGCGUGUAUUCCAGGACAAGCGAUACAAGAAUCGAGAGCUCCAAAUCAUGCGUGCCAUAUCCCACCAAAAUAUCGUAAAUUUAAUAGCAUUUUUUCACACCCACAAUCCAACAAAUGAUGAAACUCACUUAUCCUUGUUGCUUGAAUACUCACCAGAAACUGUGUUUGAGGAUAUGAGAUGGUACACUCGGCGUCAUAAAUCUCUUUCUACGCUUUCCAUUAAAAUAUACGCAUUCCAGAUUUUCCGCGCUCUUUCUUACUUACAUAGCACCGGAAUCUGCCAUCGCGAUAUUAAACCUCAGAACCUUUUAGUCGAUUAUCGAACUGGUGUCUUGAAACUAUGUGAUUUUGGAAGUGCAAAAAUAUUAAUUCCUUCUGAGCCCAACGUUUCUUAUAUUUGCUCACGUUAUUACAGGGCACCUGAAUUGGUGUUUGGAGCAACCCAUUACACCACCAAAAUUGAUGUUUGGUCGGCCGGCUGUGUCAUAGCGGAAUUGAUUUUAGGUCGCCCAUUGUUUCCUGGAGAUAGUAGCGUGGAGCAAUUGGUGGAAAUUAUAAAAGUUCUUGGAACGCCUACUCAACAAGAAAUCACUUCCAUGAAUCCUAAUUACGUCCAUCACGCUUUACCAAAUGUACGUCCACACUUCCUGGAAUCAAUUCUACCAAAACAUGUACCAAAGAAUGUUUUGGACCUAUUAAAGAGUAUUUUGGUUUACGUACCCUCCAAACGUAUUUCUGCGAUUGAAGUCCUUACUCAUCCAUUCUUUGACGAACUACGCGACCCGAAUGUAAAAUAUAGUGUUGAGAGAGAUUCCGAUGUUCAUGAUUUACCACUUCCUCCACUAUUUAAUUUCUCUUUGGAGGAGCUUUCCAUUCGCCCUAAUUUAAAUAAGAGCAUACUACCACCGCACGAAUACGAAAACCUCGAUGUUGAUAUUAAUAAUUUCAAGCCUAUGUUAGUCAAACAGGCAAACCUCGAUGUUUGA